AACGGCGACGCGACCCAGUAGGAGUAGGAGCCCCCACCCUGGACGCCAUUGACGCCUCCGAACCAGAGGAGGCGAGGAACACAUGCUCUUCUCCUCUCCUCUCCUCGCUCAAGCCUAGCUGCAGUUGUUGCCAAGAGCACGGAGGCGGAAGCGCACCAGCGGCAGCCGCCAUUCCCGCCGAGCCCCCGCCGCGUUCUCGCCCCUGGGGGAUCGCGGGAUUGGGAGGCCAUGGAUACCUCUACUAGGGCGGCCAAGAUCCCCUCCCUCCACCAGCAGACGGAGAUCAACUGGGACAACCUCGACAUGACCAAGUUCUACGUGGUGGGGGCCGGCAUGUUCAGCUGCGUGACCGUUGCGCUGUACCCGGUCUCCGUGGUCAAGACCCGGAUGCAGGUCGCCUCCGGGGAGGCCAUGAGGAGCAACGCGCUGGCCACCUUCAAGAACAUCCUCAAGGCCGAUGGGGUGCCGGGCCUCUACCGGGGGUUCGGGACGGUCAUCACCGGGGCCAUCCCGGCCAGGAUCAUCUUCCUCAGCGCGCUCGAGAAGACAAAGGCCACCUCGCUCAGGCUCGUCAAGCCGCUCGAGCUGUCCGAGUCGACGGAGGCUGCCCUCGCUAACGGCCUUGGUGGUUUGACGGCGUCUCUCUGCUCGCAGGCGGUGUUCGUGCCAAUCGAUGUGGUUAGCCAGAAAUUGAUGGUUCAGGGAUAUUCUGGCCAUGUCAAUUAUACAGGUGGACUAGAUGUUGUUGAAAAGAUUAUGAAGGCUGAUGGACCUAGGGGAUUGUACAGGGGAUUUGGCCUGUCUGUUAUGACGUAUGCACCGUCUAGCGCUGUGUGGUGGGCCAGCUACGGAUUCAGCCAGCGUGUAAUUUGGAGUGCGCUUGGCCGUUUGAAUGACAAAGAAGAUACUCCUAGCCAGUUGAAAAUAGUCGGUGUUCAAGCUACAGGGGGGAUGAUUGCUGGUGCAGUGACCUCUUGUGUUUCAACCCCCCUUGAUACUAUCAAAACCAGGCUACAGGUUAAUCAAAACAAGCCAAAAGCCGGUGAAGUAGUUAGAAGAUUGAUUGCUGAAGAAGGAUGGAAAGGUUUCUACAGAGGGUUAGGUCCAAGGUUUUUCAGCUCAUCUGCCUGGGGUACAUCAAUGAUAGUAUGCUACGAAUACUUGAAGCGCGUGUGCGCUAAAGCUGAAGAGGCCUGAAAUCCUUAUGUGGUUUCUUCAAUGCUGGAAGUUUUUGGUAGCUGAAAUGCAACAAUGGUAUAAGAGUCUUAAAAAAAAACAAUGGUAUAAGAGGAUAUCAGUGACACCCAUCUGAAGGCUCUGUUUCUCGCUGACUUGAUAGCUAGACAGUGGUUCUUACAAACUUCGGUGCCCUGGAGGGUAUUUUGAAAAUUUUGAGGCUCGUAUUAUCUGCCUCUAGUGACAGAUAUGGAUUAGGCAGAAUAUUUUACAUGGACAUAUAAACUGAGAGAUCAGGUGUAUUCAAUUUCCAUUCUUUAAACUCGAAGUCUGGUUUGGGACCAGUUGUAAUGAAUGACACGGAGCAAGCUUCGCAUUUGCUCGUUA